GCCCUCAGAAAUAUGGCAUCUAUGGCGUCAAUUUAACUGAGAGCCUUCGAGAUUGGUUUGUUGAGCGCCAGCGCCGAUACACAAGCUACUCCUAUCCUUUCCAAAUCAAGCCGUUGAUUUGGCCGAAGGAAAUGGCGCUACUAUAAUGUGUUGCGAGCAGGUCGUGGUUGCGAGUUUCGCUUGAAGAGUCCGAAGUGGAUUUAUUCGACUUGCGUUGUAGGUCUGCCGUGAAAUAUCGUUACGGAAUCGAAAAACUUCCAAAUGUGAAUAGAAAACCUUUUUCAGGGCAUGACAGCUAUUGACAUCAAGGCAGAGCCGAGCAGCCCUGAAUCUCUGCUGCCCUUUGAGCUCACCUGUGUUGGCAUCAAGCUAGAGCCAAGUAGCCCUGAACCCAUGUUGCCUUUUGAGCUCACCUGUGUUGGCAUCAAGCCAGAGCCAAGUAGCCCUGAACCCACGUUGCCUUUUGGCAUGGAAGGUGUUGACAUCAAGGCAGAACAGACUAGCCCUGAACCCACGUUGCCUUUUGAGGACGUCAAGACGAAUCAAACAAGUCUCGAUGACAAAGCUCUUGACAGUAGCAGCGCUGAAAGUUCAAGAGACAUCACGGAUAUCAAGUCAGGGAUAUCUGAAGGUACUGGGGAAUCACUACCCGAAAAGCCCAGAAUUAGCAUCGGCACUUGCCCCGAGCUCGACAUUUGCAAGCGGAACGCUGGAGACAAGGACUGUGUGACAAGUCAUCAGGCGACACACUGCAAUGCGAGACGGCGCGCCUGCCCCAUUUGUGGCAAGUUUGUUUCUCCAGCAUCUAUCGCACAGCACCAGCGUAUCCACACGGGUGAGAAGCCCCAUGCCUGCCUUGUCUGCGGCCAAAAGUUUGCCAAGAAGUCCACGCUCUUUACACACAGUCGCAUGCACACAGGUGAGAUGCCGUAUGCGUGCCAGGUAUGCCCAUCCAAAUUCUGCAGGAAGGACUCUUUCGACAAACACAUGCAGCUACAUGCAAGUGGAGUAGACUUGCACCACUGCCCAGAGUGUGGCAAGAGCUUCAAGCUGAUGAUAUAUCUACGAAACCAUCUGAAGUGGCAUAGCGUGGAGAAGCCAUACCCGUGCCUCCUUUGCCCUUCCAGGUUCACACACAAACGUAAUCUGGAGAGGCAUGUGGGGACUCACACAAGUGAAAAGCCACACAAGUGUCCCAUGUGUGAAAAAGUGUAUUCCCGGUAUGAAUACCUCACAAGCCACACGCGCAAGAUGCAUGAUGGAGUCUGGAACCCCAUGGCAAACACUGAUAGGAGGGUCAAGAUCAAAAAGCCACGUAACCCUGCCUCCUGUAUGUGAAGUGUGAUGUGGAAUUCGGAAUUUUUCCAUUCUUCAUGCUGCAGUUCGAAUUCAGCAGGAAUUGUUACCUUUCGUUUCAAAACAGUGUUAUUCUAGUCGUUCUCACGCUAGAUGGUUGUAGUCUGAAAAACUGGCAGUACGUGGAUUAUGAUAUGCAAAUUCGCCGCAUCCUGCGCUUCAGGCCAACUGAGAUUGGCUGCUAAAUAUGUACGAGUCAUGGCAUCGCUAGAUGGUUGGAGGUGCUUUCAUUUCAGGUAGCACCUCUUACCAUCUGCCGCUUGAGAUGAGACAUGAAGGAAAGAAGUUAAGCUUGACAAAAGUAAACUGCCCAUCAGUACAUUACUCAACAGCUAUGGCACUGCACAGCUAAGCUGCUGAUUGCAGGUGUAAUCUCUUCAUUGCUGAGUUCAGUGUGCAUUAAGUGCAAGAACACUUGUGUACAGUGAUUUAGAUGUUCGUUAAAGAACCCCUCCCCACAUGGUCAUGUCUGUUAAUCAGGAUGUGGUUUUGGAAAGUGAAAUGUUUGAAUAUAGAUUUUUUUUUUUUUUUUCACAGAGCAUACCUUUGUAGGCAUGAAGGAAUGUGGUGUCGAGCUUGUAUUGUCUCGCUCGUGCAUUUUGUGCCUACUCGGCAAAUGUACUGAAGGAUCGUCAAAGAAAUGCUUUGCGAUGAACUGUUGUGACAGGUAUGUUCUAUGCACCACAUCUGUCACAUGUAGUCCACCACUUCACAUUGUAUGUGUUUAUGUUCUAUGAAUGAGGCAGCGUUUUGGUGAUAGCUUGCGAGCGACAGUGCUUUCGAAAUUAGGGAAUGGCUGGAAUCUACUGAACAGCAAUAAAAAUAUUGUUGCUAUUUGAAACAUUGUCCCAGCAAUCUCUGGGAACAUUUUGCCCUUGUGCCAUCAAGAAGUAUGCAUUAAUAAGUCUGUCAAAUUACUUAACGACACUGCUGUAAACUUAUGCUCAUCGUUUCAUAAGAUGACGUCAACAUGAAUGAAGAAGGACCAGCUGAAGCAGCUGUUGACAGGAGCACCUGCGUAACAUCACAGACAAGCAGCACUGAAACUUCAUGAGGCAUCAUGGAUGGGCCGAGUGGUUUUCAGUGAAGCAGCACCAGGAAGCAUGAAGUGUUCAACUUUAGAGAGCGACAGCAUGUCCACCUCAAGUGUGGAUACACACAAGCCUCCACGAGUGAGCAUGUGCUCCGUACUGACCUCAUCAGCCGCACUGUCGAUGGCCCCACUGUCUGAUAACAUAGUCGAAUACAACUCUCUUGACUGGACUUAACAUUUCUUGUGGAUUGGCUUCGAACUCUUGGGAGUGAUGCAAAGUGUGUAGUGUAGCUGUUUCACCAAGAUUCAUUCGUUCAUUCAUUCAUUGCUCUAAAAUCUCAUACAUUAGGUAAUAAAUGAUGAAUGGACUGCACUCAUUUGUAAUCAAAGGUGUGUCCUGGGUUUUCCAUUAGGUGGAGCCAAGUUUCACUGCAGCACCCCCCACUCCAUACAUGUCAAGUAAACGAAAACGACCUUCUCAAUUGAUGCAAAAGUGAAAAUGAAGGGAUAAUGUGGUUCUCACGAUGGCCUGCCUUCAGUCUGGGUGUAAAGGUGGCUAGCAUAAACAGUUCUUAGAAUGCAACAUCAGAGGUCCUCGGCCACCAUUGUCGUCAAAAAUCUGCGUAACCAUAACCCUGCACUUUCACCAAUGAUGGGAUAGGUCCGACUGAGUCAAGGUACGAGGCAGGCUUGACAUCCCCUUUAGAUGAUUAGAAGGAAACGGCCGGCCCCUGUGCGCGCACCUUUUCACUAGGCUGGCGCGAAUAUUCGAGCACUUUGAAUAUUC